UGUAACUGCUGCUCUGUCAGCAGUUUCCUGGGGAGUUUUUCUGAUGUCAGUGUUUCCUUUAGGAAGGUGGGUUUAACUGAUCUGAUUUGCUUAACAGUUUGCCACAUAAUUGAAGUAAGGAAGUAAUGAGUUAGAAAUCAUAUAGCCUAGCAGUAUUUCUCACUCUUCAGUCCUCUCUUCAUGACAGUAGACGUGUUUCACUCAGUGGAGCCCCAGUUAGAGAAAGAUAUGAUACCUGCAGUGAUAUUGAUGAUCCUGUUCUGGAGCACAGAUCUCCAGGCUCAAAGGGUCAGUCCACCAGCUGAACAAUCAGUCAGACUGGUGAAUGGAACCACUUCCUGUUCUGGGACAGUGGAAGUCUUCUACAGAGGAGAGUGGUUGGGUCUAUGUUCUAGUUGGUUGUGGGACAUGAUGAGAGAUACUAAUGUUGUGUGUAGAGAGCUGGACUGUGGGAAUCCUGUAGCUGAAUCUAGAGGACGUCUGGUUGAAGAUAGAAGAAGUGGAGUCACACUAUAUGGUUGUAGUGGAGAUGAGUCUUCUAUUAGACAGUGUGGCAUAGGAAGACCUGGUUACUGUUUUGGUGGAUAUUAUCAUCAUGUGAUCUGUUCAGAGUCUGUGCGGCUUGUGGAUGGAGCUGGUCUCUGCUCUGGGAGAGUGGAGGUGAAGUCCAAUCAGUCCUGGGCCUCAGUGUGUGAAGCUGACUUUGACCGGCAGGAUGCAGAGGUAGUCUGUAGGGAUCUUGGCUGUGGGGCUCCUGCAGCUCUACAGGGGGGGCUCUACGGAGAAGGUGAGGGUCAGACCUGGGAUAAAGAGUUCCAGUGUAAAGGCAAUGAGUCCCUUCUCCUGGACUGUGACACCCCAGACAGAAAACACAACACCUGCCCACCUGGUAAUGCUGUUGGACUCACCUGCUCAGAGCCUGAUGAUGUGAGGCUGGUGGAAGGAGGCAGUCGCUGUGCUGGUGGAGUGGAGUGGUACGACCAGGGAGAGUGGAGGAUUGUGGGAGCUGACUGGAACAAGGAGAAUGUAGCUGCAGUAGUAUGUAGACAGCUGGGUUGUGGCUCCACUGUUUCAGUACCACCUGGAAACACCACUAGAGGGAUUGGAGUUUUCUGUUCUGGGUCUGAGUCUUCACUGAGGGAAUGUUCCAGAAGUUAUUAUCUCCGUCCUGGACUCACAGUGAUCUGCUCAGAUCUCCUGGUCCAGCCUGAUAUCUUCCUGACUGACUCAAUGGGAGGGGUCUUCAGGGGCCACCAGGGGCCCGAGAUGUUCAGGGGCUACAACUUCACCAUCACCUGCUCCACUCAGCCACAGUACCCAGGAGGCUCCUUCCUCCUCACGUUCACUGGCUCCAACAGAACCCAGACCCAGCCAGCUGUCAAUCACUCUGCUGCCUUCCUCUUCCCUGCUGCAGAUGACUCCCACCAAGGGAACUACAGCUGUGUUUAUGACAAUUAUGUUUUCUCUCAUAACUUCUCCUCUGAGAGUGAGCUCCUCUCC